AUUAAAUUCGUAUUUUAUUGAACCUUUUUUGACAGUCAUUCUGAAACCAAGGCCUCUUUUACAGAUGAGCCCUGCAUACACAAUAUAAACAUCAAUGGCCAGAAUCUGAUUAAGAAAAUGUAAUAACUUUAAGUAUACCAGCGUGUGUGCCUCUGUUUUUUAAAUACUCUUUUAUUUUGUUGCCUUAGACGAACCCUCUCUUGGCUCUCAUUUAAUUGGCCGAAGGUUCUGUCGUCAUUUUACUGCGACGCACAAUAUUUUCACUUGGUUUUCCAUAUUGCUGUCAGAUCAAAUCUAGCGACAGUGGUGCGUUGAGGUCAUGUUAUGGUGUGCUUUUUUGGGUUGACAUGUCUCAACUAUAUCCCACGAUCUUACUUUGUGUUUAUGGAUUCUUCUCUAAUCUCCGACCUUCUGAGCCUUUCUUAACUGCGUUUUUGAUGGGACCUGAUAAAAACCUUACUGAAACAGAGCUUGUAAAUGAAAUCUACCCAAUAUGGACCUAUUCCUACCUCGUGCUACUCUUCCCAGUCUUCCUGGCCACGGACUACCUGUGUUACAAGCCUGUGCUGAUCCUGCAGGCAGUGAGCUUGGUAGUGACCUACUUUAUGCUAGUGAAGGCCCAGGGUGUGCUGGCCAUGCAGCUUCUGGAGUUGUUCUUUGGCCUCGCCACUGCCACAGACAUAGCCUACUACUCUUACAUCUACAGUGUGGUGGAGCCGGCCCAGUACCAGAGAGUCACUGGUUACUGUCGUAGUAUUACGUUACUGGGCUCCGCUGCUGGCUCGCUGGCUGGGCAACUGCUAGUGUCUGUGGCUCAGAUCCGGCUGCUCUACCUCUGUAUUAUCACAUUGGUGUCGGCCAUCUUGGCCUUCGUGGCGCCCUGGUUUUUGCCCAUGCCCAGUAAGAGCUUGUUCUUCCAUAAGCGCCAGGGGACAGAGGGGGAGAAGCCGGUGCAUCAGAACAGCAGGGUUCCCAUGGAUGAAGCAGAGGACCCUGAGAGCAAAGUACCUCUGAAGAUUGAUGAGGUCACCAUGGUCGUGACGGCCAGUGAUGGUGGUGGCGCUAGCAGUGGCUUAGUGGACGUGUUAAGGAUCCUAUGGGAAGACUUCCUGCAGUGCUACUCAUGCCCUGCCCUCCUGGCUUGGUCGGUGUGGUGGGCCCUCUCUACGUGUGGCUACUUCCAGUUGGUCAACUAUGUUCAGGCCCUGUGGGAGAAAGUCCUGCCCUCCCAGGAGUUUGAGAUCUACAAUGGAUACGUGGAGACAGUCUCCACCUUGUUAGGUGCGUUAGCAGCCUUCGGGGUGGGCUCCAUCAAGGUCUCCUGGGCAGUCUGGGGAGAGCUGGCUCUCUGCAUCUUCUCAGUGGUCAUGGCUGUGGCUGUGUACCUCAUGGACACCAUCAGGAACAUCUGGGUGUGCUACACCUCCUAUGUGGUCUUCAGAGCCACCUACAUGCUGCUGAUAACCAUCGCUACGUUUCAGAUUGCUGCCAACCUGAGUAUGCAGCGAUAUGCCUUAGUGUUUGGAGUGAACACUUUCAUUGCCCUGCUGCUUCAGACUCUGCUUACUGUUGUGGUAGUGGACUCUGUCGGGCUGGGCCUGGACAUUUUCCCACAGUUUCUCAUAUACGCCAGCUACUUCGCUGUGAUCGCAGUGAUCUUCCUCAUGGCAGGGCUGUACAAGCUGGUGUUGAGGAGAAGAUCCCAGCCAGCGGCCCAGCCUCAGACUGAUAGUGGAGAGACUGAGUCAGACUGCCUUAGCAGAGACUCUCCUCCCCUCAACGAGCUGCAGCAGAUCACAGGGACAUGACUACCUGUUUAUGGUGCAGUACUACAGAGGAACACGUCAGGACCAGUGUUGGACCCAAUUCCACUUAAACUCAGUCAAUUCAGGAUGAUUUGAAAUGGAAUUGACCCCAACCGUGGUCAUCACACCAUGCAAGUGUGUUGUACGCCUUCGCUUGCUCAAGCACAUGGUUCAUGGAUUGGGUGCAGGCCUAAAAACACUUGCAGAGUGUAACAUUUGAAUGUUUAUAUGAUAGCCUUAUGGGUUUAAUGAAAAUGUGUAGUUUGCCUAUAUUUAGGCUUUGUUUGUGAUUUCCAAUUGUUUUUGUCACACAAGCUUUAUUUGUGGUGUAUGUUGCAUAAUGGUCGUCGGCCUGCUAUCUGAUUUUCACACUUUAAAUCCUUGUCUUAACUACCAAAGGCAGUCAAUGGAUAAGCAAUAAAUGUUACAUUCUGAACUGCUAGAAAUAUGUUAUGAAUUGUUAGAGUUCAAUUGUUGCAAGAAUAGCUUUUUAUAAAAUGUACCCACAAGCAUCGAUUCAAAUGUCACAAAGAUUUAAUUGAUCAGCAGUGGAUUGUCAAGUGUCUUAAGAUAAAUAUGUCCAUCUAAUAUCUAGCUACGACGUGUUAACCUUACAUUCAUGGGUCAAAAAUGAAAAGCAUAUGUAAGUGAUUGACAUGGAGUUGGAGGCCAUAUUUACAGUAUAUUAUUGUGUUAUAUUCACUGGCCUUGAAUGUAGGUCUACUACUGAAGUGGUUCAACUAUACUGUAUUAAUACAAAUGAGCUUCUUUUUACUAUCAAUACAAAUCCCAGUAGUUGAAAGGCUGAGCGCUGUAGCAGAUGACUGAAGGUGAUGAUUAUGUACCGAGAGCUGAUUCAGUGUUGUCUGGUGGUCACUGAAAGACCAAAAGCACCUACAGUACAUGUUAACUUACCGGUUACACAAUGUGCUGCCUCUGUUACAAGAGCAUCCCCUAAAAUAGUCAAAAGAUAAGCCUCGUUCUGUUUUCUUUAGUCAUAAUGAGAACCUUGUCUUCUUCAAUCAUGUUGGUAACAUAUUUAUGUCAUGAUACUAAGGCCUGGAUUCAAUCAGAUCGAGUGUUAACCGCAGUUAGCUGACACCCGCUAAUCGAAGUGUAGAUGACAUCUCACAUUCCAGUGUUCUAACUUGUAAACAAGGCUGCAUGGGACUUCUCUUUAACGGGACUCCAUGCAGCCAAUGGCGAGGCCCGCUUUAGGUGUUAUGCUGGGAGCAGCUUGUGGAUUUGACAGCUCUAAAGCUGGACACCGCCAGCACCGCCAAAACAACCGCUAUGCAGAUGGUAUGAUUGAACAGAGCACCUAAUUAUAGUAGGCGCUUUACGGAUCAAUUCAUGUUUAUUUUAUAUUUUUUACAAUAUGUUCAUUUGGACUUCAGUCACUACAUUCUCUCUUCAGUCUUCCCUGUUUUUGUUCUUAUGUGUAAUGUUUUUCAAUAAACAAAUAGUUUUGUAGUAUAAAAUGUU